UAGGAAGAGGCCAGCCUCUGUAAGAGUAGGUCCGCCCCCUAAUAUAUCUUCUUCGUCCUCUGUUGCUCACUUCUUCAUCACCCUCAUUUCAUAACCAAUACAAAAAUUAGAAACAAAAAAGAAAACCCUAGAACAGAAGAGAUUUCACACCCCAAAAAUCUCUUCCUUCUAUUCUCUCUCAACUCUCUCCAAUUUUCAAUUUCCAAGAUCCGAUCAAUUUUUUAAUUAUUUUAUGGUAAAAAAAGUUGGGAUGUCGCUAAUUUUGCCGAAAAGCGAUUCAAUUCAAAUUCGCGAAGUGUGGAGCGAUAACCUUGAAGAAGAAUUCGCUUUGAUUCGAGAAAUUGUCGAUGAUUAUCCUUACAUAGCUAUGGACACAGAAUUCCCUGGAAUUGUUCUUCGACCGGUUGGGAAUUUCAAGAACAGUUAUGAUUACCAUUACCAAACCCUAAAAGACAAUGUGGACAUGCUCAAGCUAAUUCAAUUGGGUUUCACUUUAUCCGACGAAGAUGGAAACCUUCCAAAUUUCGAUGAUGCUGAUGAUAGAUUUUGUGUCUGGCAAUUCAAUUUUAGAGAAUUCAAUGUGAGUGAGGAUGUUUUUGCAAAUGACUCAAUUGAACUUUUGAGACAAAGUGGGAUUGAUUUCAAGAAGAAUAAUGACAAGGGUAUUGAUGCUCAAUGUUUUGGUGAUAUUUUGAUGUCUUCUGGGAUUGUUUUGAAUGAUAAUGUUCAUUGGUUAACUUUUCAUAGUGGAUAUGAUUUUGGGUAUUUGUUGAAACUUUUAACUUGUCAGAAUUUGCCUGAUACACAAGUUGGGUUCUUUAAUUUGAUUAAUAUGUAUUUUCCUAAUGUGUAUGAUAUCAAACAUUUAAUGAAGUUUUGUAAUAGUCUUCAUGGAGGGUUGAACAAGCUUGCAGAGUUGUUGGAAGUUGAGAGAGUUGGGAUUUGUCAUCAGGCUGGUUCAGAUAGUUUGCUCACAUUGUGUACAUUUAGAAAAUUGAAAGAGAAUUUUUUUAGUGGAUCAAUGGAGAAAUAUGCAGGGGUGUUGUAUGGUUUAGGUAUUGAGAAUGGACAAUCUAAUUGAGUUGAAGAAAAGAGAAAAACAAUUGCAAAAAAUAAAAAUAUGUAGAUCUUUAUUUAUUUGAGCCGUUGUACAUCUUGUGAAAUAUCUUCUAUGGUUAAUAUAAUUUUUUUGACAUUUGUCUUAACUA